AUGAAAAAUAAAAAAGAGUUUUCAUUCGAAAAUCCAAACAGUAAUUUGUGUGUGGAUAUAAGACGAGUGAAGCUGAUCAGUCAUUCAGAAUGGGAACGUUUAAACAAACAGUUUGGCAGUGAAUCAAUUGGAGAAGCAAAAAUAGAAGAGAAGAAGCUGGAGAUGGAAAAAAUUAAAGCGCAAUCAAAGGAAAUGGUUAAGAAUUGGACAAAUACAUUUUUGGGUGCAAGACAAAAGAAGUUAGAAGAUCGUGCCAACCGCAUAGCCGAGAAAGAAAAAGCAAAACUGGCUAUUGAUCAUGAAGAGGAGAAGUUUCAAGCUGAACAGCGAAAGAAAGCGAUAGAAAAAGCAAAGUUACAAUUAUAUUACGAAACUGAUCGUGUCAGAAAUUUACACUGCGGUUUAAAUCUAACAGAAACCCUUAAAGAACGUGAUAUGCAAUUGGAAUUUAAACAAUUGAAGAAUAAUUUAGAAGCAAAUAAAGAAAAGGCUUAUGUACAGAAUAUGAAGAAAAGUAUUGAAGAAGAUAUAAAAAAAAGACAAGAAGAAGCUGAGAAAAGACGUGAAAAAAAUCUACAGGUAGCUCAAGAACUAAAAGCGCAAAUAAAAGAGCAUGAAGAAGAAAAAGAACGACAGCGAGUUCAAAUGAAAGCUGAAGGUGAUGAAUUAAGGAGAAUAGCAAUCACAGAUCAUCUUGAACGUGAAAAAUUGGAACAAAUCUAUCGUGAUCAAAUGCACAGGCUAACAAAAGAAUUUUCUGAUCAAAUUGAUGGUCAUAAACAAAUGAAAGAAAUAGAACGGCUAAGAGAUGAGGAACUUGAAGAACAAUGUCGAUUGUUUGCAGCAGCUAGAAUAAAAAUGACAAAAAUGCGCAUGAUGAAAGAACGUGAAAUUUUCAAGCAAAAAGAAGCUGAACUGCAAAAGAUACAAAAUUAUUUAACAGAAAAGUUGAGAAGUGCCAAGGAUAAUGAAGAAGCGCGUUUAAAUAGAGCAACAGCUGAAAAAGAAGAAAUCUAUCAACAAAAUGAACGACAUAAACUUGAAAAACAAACUAAAAUUAUUCAGGAAAUUAGUAAGCAUAGAAGUGAUGAGAUGGAAAGGCGUAGGAAAGAACUAGAAAAAGAGAAAGAAACAGAAUACAAUGAAGUACGCGAGAGGAUAGCAGCAGAUCUGGCCUUAGCUGAGUACGAAAAUUCAUGUAAAGCGAAGAGAUUAGCAGAGAAUAAAUGCUUAUCUAAACAGUUAUUACAAGAAUCAAUUUAUAAACGGGAAAAUGCUGAGGAAGAAUACAGAAAAGAAAUUGAAAUGGUCGGUAACCAAAAUAAACUUAUUCAACUAGAAGAGAACAUCUUUCAAGAUUACGCAAAUAGAAUCAUAAACCACUGUAAAGCGAAUGGCAGGAACGUUUACCCCUUAGAGAAAGCUGCACAUACUGGAUUAAUGACUGGUUUAAGCACGGGUUUACCAGGGAAACCAAGUUUAGUUGAUAUAAAUCAAGUGAAUGAUAUUCAAAAUUGCAGUGUUACAACAAAUUCAACUGAUCAAUGUUUCAGUGAGGAUAUAAACAAAAAUAAUGAAAAGAAUGAUGUUUUAAACGUAAAGAUGACGAAUAGUACUUAUGAACGUUUGGGGUUUAUUUGGUAA